AUGUGUGGGUGGGAGUGGAUUCUGCUCCGUCUCAGCUCCUUGAAGCCAGGCCCCCAGAGCCCCAGAGACUGCUGCAGCAGCCAGAACAGCAAGAGCGGCAGGCGCCUGGGUCAGGCCCCGCGGCUCUACCUGCUCAACCAGGCCCUGGCCGCCGUGCUCUUCACGCUCACGCUGCCGCUCUGGCUCACCUACUACCUGGGCCCGGCGCACUGGCCCUUCCCCGAGGCCGCCGGCCGCGCGGCCGGGGCUGCCUACUACGCGGCCACCUCCGCGGCCGUGGCCUUCGCCGCGCGCAUCAGCGUGUGCCGCUGCGGCUCCGUGCGCGCGCCCCGGCCCAGGGCGCCCGGCCGCCUCGCGCUGCGCCGCCGGGGCCCCGCGCGCGCCGCCUGCGCCGCCGCCUGGCUGGCCGGCCUGGCCUGGGCCGCGCGCUCGCGGGCCGCGCCGCACGCGCUGCGCCCGGGCCCGGGGGGCGCCGCUCGGUGCCUGGAGCACGGCUGGGCGCGCGCCGGCCUGGCCUACGCCACCGUGGCCUUCGCCGCCGCCGCCGCCGCCUUCUUGCUGGUGCUCGCGGCCUACGUGAGCCUGGCGCGGGCGCUCGCGGCGCCCUCGGGCCCCGGCCCGGCCCCCGCCGGCCCGCACCCGCGCGCGGCCAGGACCAUGGUGCUGGGGCUCCUGCUGGAGUUCGCCCUCUGCCUGGCGCCCUACCACCUGCUGCUGGCGCCCUGGCUGGCCGGGCGGGAGGGCGCCGCCUCCACGCUCGACGUCCUGCACACCCUCAGCCUGGCGCUGCUGAGCCUCGACAGCUGCCUGGACCCGCUCAUCUACUGCUUCUCGGUGCGCCGCUUCCGCCGGGACUGCUGGGCGCUGGGCUGUCGCUCGGGGCUGGGAGCGCCCGGCGGGCAUGUGGCCUCCUUGGCCUCCCGCGCCUGCGACACCCCUGCCACCCUGCACGUGGCAUGCUGGGUGGAGGAGGCCCUCGAAAGGACCUAG